UGCGCGCGGAAACGUUCCAGAACUUGGGAAGGGGAUCGACCGCUUUCCUGCGCGCCGCCCCUCAGACACGUUCCUCUGCUAGCGGCUCCGACAGGACCGUAGGGGAAGCUCAGCCUGUUGACUUGGAUGCCCUUAGCGCGGCUCUGCCCCACUGUGCAGCCGGAGGAGCGCCGAGCCCCCGAAGCUCGACUAUAAAAUGCCGGCAAGUGAAAUUAAACAGAGGAAGAGAGGCGCUAAUGAAACCAAACAAGGAAAACAGCUCGAGGAAGAGAGAGAGCCUCCGCCGGGGCCGAGCGGCGAUACGAGCGGGGGGAGGAAAGCGGCCGAGAUGGACGGCGCGGCCUCGAGCCAGUGGAGCUCGGCGGGCCGAGCGGGACCAAGAGUGAGCGCGGCUCUGUGGGUCGCGGUGUGUCUGGGACUGGCCUGGUUCGCGCUCCACCAGAACGGGAGGCUCGCGGAGCUGGAGCAGAAAUGCGGGCGCGCGGCGGAGCUGCUGGAGCUGCGCGAGCGAGUGACUCACCUCUCCGACAAGCUGGACUCUUCAGAAGAUGACGUGCAGGGGGCGUUCUCCUCCAGGUCCCUGGGGGCCCAGCUGGAGCAGGAGAUCUCCAGCCUGCGUGCGGCCAUCGUGGAGGAGCAGGAUCGCGAGAGCUCGGCCUCACGUGACAUCCAGGCCCUGAGUGAGCGCUUCAUGAAUGUGACAGAGGCAUGGCAGGGAGGGCUAGAGCAUGUAGCUGAGGACAUGGGUACCCUGAGGGCGGAGGCAAGGGCUGCGCACGGACUGGCGGCCCAGCGGGUCAACCAGGCUGAGGCCAGACUGCGGAGCCUGGAGGAGAGGCUGGAGGAAGUGGAGGAAGGCACAAGGAGAAAUGCCCGGGCACUGGAGCGCACCGAAGAGGACGACAUCCUGCGGGUGCGUGACCUGCUGGACUGGAAUACGGAACAGCUCCGGAAGCUGGAGGAGCAGCAGCGAGGCCUGGUGCGCCGUGAUGCCGAGCUCCGCUACAAGCUGGAGGAGCACCUGUCCCGAGCGCAGCGCCGUGAGGAACAGCUGCCUGCCGUCAAGGAGUGUGUCCACACGAUCCUGCUCCUGUCGGCCAAGCUGGGAGCCACCCAGCGCAGGGUGGAAGAGCUCACCUUGCAGGUGCUGGAUGUGGAGGGCAGCAUGCUCAAGAUUGUCUCGGAGAUCCUGGAGCUCCGCCAGACACUGGACACCCUACAGAAGGGCGGCAGUGCCAUCGAGAUAAAGAGUGACCUCAGUGUUUUCAAGGAGACUGGGACAGGGCUGCAGGGGGACAGCAUGGAAGAUGGAACCGAACAUGGGCCGCUGAGCCAGCAGGAGGCACCAGAGGAAACCACACGUGGGGCAUGAGAAAACCAUCAGAAAGGGACAUAAGGGCAUGUGUGAUGUCCUUUCUGCAGUGACCCACGGUCUGGAGAUGGUGCUAAAUGAGCUCCUGUCAUUUGUAGGAGAAACAGUGUGAUCAGUGGCGUUUCACAGCAGUCCCCAUUCUCACAUUACAGUAGAAACCGUAUUGUCUUUCAGACUCUUGUAUAUUCUGCCAAAACGUUUGUUGUCGGCAUUUAUUUUUUUAAGUUCUGUUCUGUUUUCUGUGUCUCAUGAUGACUGCGCUGGCCCGCGCUGGCUGUGAAUCAGCACCAUUCCGUAUUUCUUUUUCAUUCUGUUAUAUUAAAUACUUGUUUAAUUUCUUUACGCUUCUUUUAUUUUGUGACUGACUGUUACUGUAAAGCUGUAAAGAUGGUCAGUUUGGCUGGAUCGUUCACUGGAGUCCCACAGCAUCUGUAAUAGACUUCCUGAGAGAUGGGUUUUCCAGGGGAUUUUCGGUGUUCAAAAGCAGAUAAGUGGCCUCAGUGUGUCAACUCUGCUCUUAUUUUGGUAAAGGGCGGCUGACUUUACCUUAUAGCUGCUUCCCUUUCCUACUCAUGUGAAAGUUCAAUAAAUAAGUUGGUAUUUUUCUGCAUGAGCGAGUGACUCAACUCUGACUCGGCAGGUUUUCAUAUGCAAACAGAUUUUCUUUUCUCUAAAGCGACUUACAGUGUUAAG